AAGAUUUUUAAGCUCCAACUCAUAUUUUACUCAUACUUAAUUUUUUUUAUGCAUUCUUGUAGUACUGCUCAUGAAUAUUGGACUUUAUCCAAAGGGCCUCCUCAUUCGACAAUUAGAGGACAGAUUGAAAGAAGGCGGCCAUCGUUUCUCAGAGGCACUGCAAAAGCAAUCGAGAACUUUGAGCUACGUCAUCGCUUGGAGGAAGAAGCUGCGAGUUACAAACGUCGAUUAAAUACCUACAGGCAAGCACAGCAGCAUCAGGCUGCACUGGUUUCUCGUUUACAGGCAAAAGUGCUCCAAUACAAGCAAAGAUGUUCGGAAUUGGAGAACCAGAUGGUCGAGUCACUGCCUGCAGAAGUGUCACGAGUCGUUGUUUCACCCAGUACUUCUGCGCUGGAAGCUGCCCAUCAGACGCUGAGAGAGCUGCGCGACGAGCAGAUAAGUGAUCUGGAAACAGCAAUACGCAAGCUCAAUGAGGAGAGAAGGCGCUCGGAUAAGCUUAUGGAGAUAAAUUCGUCUUUAAAAAAUCAACUAGAAGAGUCUCACAGAACCAAUGAAACAUUGACUAAUGAUUUGCAAAAAUUGAGCACGGACUGGGAUGUUCUGAGGGAAGAAAUGACUCUUAAAGAAGACGAGUGGAAGGAAGAAGAGUUGGCCUUCAAUGAAUACUAUACGUCUGAACACCAUCGUUUGUUGAAUUUGUGGCGCGAUGUUGUCGCUCUCAAACGUAUUUUUUCCGACAUGAAAUCGUCUACUGAAAGAGACUUGACUAAAUUUCAGAAUAAAUUAUCAACUGCGACAAAUGAAAUGACAUCGGCUUGCAGUGGUGUUAAACUUGCGCUACAAAUUCAAUCCAGUUCUCUUCAAUCUUCGGUUACUCAGCAGUUCCACGCUCAGGAAGCUUUGGAUUUGAAAUCAGAAAUGGAGAACAUCAGACAACAGUGGGAGGUUGCGCAAAAUGAAAUUAGAAUGAAGGAUGAACGUAUCAAUCAAUUGAUCAGAGAAAUUCAUAGCAUCGAAGAAAGAUGUGGUAAGGCUGAAGCUGGCAUUGGACAAGCUGCUAAAAUUCAAGAAGAUGUUGAAAUAUUGGAAGCCGCUUUGCGUGAUAUUGCUCAUGCAGUUAUUCAAGACGCCGAAACACGGGAAAUAGAAAAUAUUCAGCCUCCUCCGCAUGUUCAUUUGUCUCCAACUGGUGUUGGUAUGCCUCAAAGAUCACCCAAACGCGGUACAAGAAGCAAUACCAUUCCUGCGUUUGCUGAGAGUACGAUAAGUGCUGUACAAGCGGCGUUACAUAAAUAUCAGUUAACUAUUCAUGAGCUUCAAGUUAAAUUACAGACUAAUGCUGAGCAAUUAGCACUGACGAGAAAGCAAUGUGACUCGGCGGAAGAAAAUGUUCAAUUACUGGAAGAACGCACGACUGAGUUGAUUAUUCAGCUUGAUACUACUCGAGCACAGAGCACGCAAUUGUUGCAAGAACGUGAUAUGCUGCAAAAAAGUUUGGAUUCUGUGAGAACAGAAAAGAUUUCUUUGGAAAAGAGUAAAGUAGAAAUGAAUCAUACCAUUGAGGAUCUUAAUAGCGAUUAUGAAAAAUUGCAAAAAGUAAAUAGUAAAUUGCAAAAAGUUUGCGACAGCUUGGAGGAUGAUAAGAUGUAUUUACAGGGCGAGUUGGAUAGAAUUAAUAAAGAAUUUGAUGUGAGGGAAAUGAGCUUCAGAUCUGAAGAAGAACGAUGUAGUCGGAUGCGCGAAGAAUUGCUGACGGUAAGAGAAGAGUUGAGCAAAAUAUAUCUGGCUAAAGAUAUGCUAGAACAACAGAAGCUUGAGUCUGAUAAUUUGAUAACUCAAAUUGAGAAAAGUAAAGGGGAUUUGGAGCUGGAGUUGGAGAGAAUUUUGUUGGAGAAAUCUGAUGUUCAGGACGAGUUGAUAAAGUCGGAGGCUAUUUGUAAUAAUCAUGAGAAAGAUAAACAGAGGCUUGGAGAAGAAUUGAAGAGGAUGGAGGAAGAAAAAAAUAAACUAGCGAGUCAAUGUUGUGAUCAGUCGGGUGACUUGAGCUCUUUGAGAAAAGAAUUGUUGCAAGCUGAACAAGCGCGCUUGGACUCUGAAGCUGAUAAGGUAACGCUAAAUGAGAAGAUUAAAUUUUUGGAAAUCGAAAAGGAGAAGGUGGAGAUCGAGUUGGGGCAAGUGAUGCGUGAACGAAGCGAUUUAAGUAACCAGUUGUCAAUAUUGGCCCGUAAGAAGGAGUCUUUGAACGAAGAGUUGAUGAGGACAAAGCAGCGGUUGGAGCAGUCGAAUGAAAUGAAUGCUAGGAUAAAUAGAAAUUUGGAAGAACUUGUUAAAGAUAAUGAGGAGAAGCAAGUUAUUUUGGAGACUAAUGAAAAAGAGUUUCAGAGGAUGCAAGAAUUGCUGGCGUCGAUGCGAAGUGAAAAGGAAACUUUGGAAGGUGUUUUGUUUGAUACACAAACAAAUCUUGAGGCUACGCAUUUGAAGAAGGUUCAAUUGGAAAAAGAACAACAGGAACUGCUGGUGAAGCAAGAAGCUUUGAAGGGACAAAUUGCGAGGUUGACUAAAGAUUUAGAGAACAGUGAGAAGCGAGCGCAAGAUAUUAAACAAAAUCUUACUCAACAGCGGGGUAAUCAGGAGGCUGAAUUCCAGCAAAUAAUUGCCAAUAUGAAAAAGCAGAAUGAAGAUACUAGUAAAAAAUUGAAUGAAGAGAAAGAACAAAUACGCGUGUCUCUUGAAAAGCGAUUGCAACAGACGGUGAAUACACUGGAAGGUCAGAAAGAAGAUGAGCUUAAUCAAAUGCAGAGUAGAAUUGAGGAACUACAGCAGCAUAUUGAUAAUUUAUGUCAGCAGCAUGAGGAAGUUUUGCUGCGAGCUGAAAAUGACAAGCAACAGGCACUGUUGAUUGCUCACCAUGACCAGCAAGCGCUGAUGGAAAAACUCGAGAAUAUAUUCCGUGAGUUGGAGGGUGAAAAGGGAACUUUAGAUCGCUUGAGAAGAGAAGCGAAUGCACGCGCAGAGCAAGACCGUACUAAUAUUAAUCAACUCCGGGAUGAAUUGAGUAGAAUGAAGACGAAAUUAGAGGAAACUAAAUUGCAAGAUGACGAAGAAAAAAUGAAACUUGAAUUGAAGAUCGAAGACAUGUGGAAAGAACGCGAGUCAGCUCAAAAAGAGUGUGAAGAAUUAAGAGUUCAGCUACAAGUUGCGGAGGACAAGGUUGACAGUCUGCAGAAUCAGUUGCAUGAGACCACCAGGAAGCUCAAAGAUACGGAAAAUACCAUCGAGUCUUUGAGGAAAGAACUAGUGGAUGUGCGAAGGCAGUUGGCUGACUCGAAUUUCGCUAUGGAUAAGUAUAAUAAUACUAAUAAAGAAUUGAGGGAGCAUGUAAAACGCAUUGAAGGCGAGAAAAGAGAGCAGUCUCGAGCGCUGGAGGAAGCUUAUCAAAAGAUAGCGACGAUGGAAGACGCGCGAACAGCUCUUGAAGCUGAAAAAUCACGGCUUCAAGGACAAAUAAGAGAUAUGGAGCAUGAGAUAAUACAAAUCCAACAGCAGCUUCGGUUCACGGAAGGUGAAUUACAAAAGAGUCAGUCUGCUAAUUCUCAAGCGCAGAAUGAAGAACGGGAAUUACAAGGUCGCUUGGCUAAUGAAAUUGAGGAGAGAGAACGUCUUCAAUUGCAGCUACACCAGCUUAAGAAACAAGUUAUUGAUCUGGACAACAGUUUAGAGGUAACGAGACAAGACAUGGGCAAAUUGAGAUCACGAGCUGAUGAAGAAGAUGAAAGAUGGCGGGCAAGAGAACAGGAGCUUCUGGUAAGACUUGAAGACAGUCGUUGCAGAGAAAGAAAGCUCGAAGAUCAGAAACAUAAUUUGGAGGUGUGCCUGGCUGAUGCAUCUCAGCAACUUCAAGAGCUCAAAGCUCGUUUUGGCGGCUCCGAAGGGCGGGUUAGAGCUCUGGACAGUCAGCUGGCUCAAUUGGAGGCUGCUAAAAAGGAUGUCGAGCAGAAAUUGAGCAGUGUCGGGUCGACUUUAAGACGAAUUGCUGGUAUUCAACUGGAUGGUUCUGUCAAUAUGCCGUUCAAGCUGAUGAGUCCUUCGAGGAGGUGGAGUCCAGCGCGAGCUUCUCAUCAGGAGCAUGAUGUCAGUCGUGACGUGAUUCUGGAUGUCGAUCCUGAAGCUGUAAGGAAAGGCGUACGCUCGCUCAUGCAGCAGGUCGCUCAAAUCGAACGCGAAAGAGAUGAUUGCAAAAACGAGUUGAGUAAUGUUAAAAAACAAUUGGCUGAAGCUCUGGAGUGUCAGACUAAAUCUGACUCUAAGAUAAACAAUAUCAGUAUUACUUUGAGGAAUAUUCAGGAUGAAAAAGCUUCAUUGGAAGGACAAUUGUCGCAAAAACAAACGUCUUACCAGAGUUUACAUGAGGCGUUACACCAAAAGACUCAAGAAAAUGAAUACUUACGUGAAAAGGUGACGGCUUUGGAGCUGACUGUUAGCAGCGAGUCUGAAGAAAAGGGUCAGUAUGAGGAGAAAUUGGAGAAAAUGAGACAAGCCUUUGGUAGAUGUGAUAAUGAAAAGCGUAGCUUGCAAGAAGAUUUAGGAAGAUCUGAGGCUCGAGCGACUAAAUUAGAAUUGCAACGAAUGUCACUGGAAGGAGAUUUGCAGCGGCUGCAAAUGGUUUUGCAGGAGAAAGAUGGGAAUCUCCAGAAACUGCAAGACCGGUUUGAUGCUCAAGUUAAAACAUCAAGCGGUCUGGAAGAGCGUUGCGCGUCAUUGAAGUCCACUAUAGAACAGUUGAAUCUCUGUUUGGAGCGGGCAGCUGCUACUGAGAGUGAGCUGAAGAGUGAAAUAAAUUCAAUGCGACGAACGAUAAUGGAAAAUAACGCGCAGAUGCAGAGUAUCAACGACCGCGUGAAGCAGCUUCAAAAACAACUGGCUAAUGCUGAUAAUGAGCGACGAGUUGUUUCAGAAAGGUUGGACGUGGCUCAGCAAUCGGUUAUGGAGCUGAAACACGCGAAUCAAACUCUGAUGGACCAGAACUCGCGGUUACAAAAUGACCUGGCGAAUAAUGAGGUUCAGCGAUCUGGUCUAGAGUCGCAGCUCAGACUGGCAACCUGGCCACAAGAGAGUCCUUCGAAUAAGGACGACGAGGUGGUGAGACAAUUGCAUGCAGUUCAACGAGACCGCAGCGAGAUGCGAGGCAAGCUGGAUGCAUUGAACGACAAAGUACGGCUUCUAGAGGUCGACAAGCGCAAUCUGGAGAGACAACUGGCUUCUGCUAGAGCUAGUGGAGGACGAAGCAAGAGCUACGAACGUCCAGAGAAGGCUCAUGUUGAGUUGAUGGGCUCCAAUGUCAGUGUUGAUCUUCUUGAGCAGGAGAAUCGCGAUCUACGGUUGAAAAUUCGCAGACUAGAGACUCUCCUGGCUGAGAAAGAGGCUGAACAUGUCAGAUGCAAGACACUUCACAGUCAUUCACACUCGGCGAGAGAUUCAAGUCGCGAUCGGAUGGCGGAAAUUGAAAGACUAAGAGCUGCUCAACUUCAAGCUGAGAAAUUGCUGGAAGCUCGCGAGCAGAGUCAUCGGCAGCAGGUUCUACGGCUGGAAAACCAGAUUCAACUGUUAAGAGAACAGUUGAGCCAGGAAAUAAAACGUCGACAGCUUUAUGUACUGCGUAGCACGCGAGCUGGCAGAGAAAUGCAGCACUUACGUCAAGCACUGGGUGAUUCUUUGAAAACUGUCUCCCAAGAUCCGUCUUUGGAUGCUGUUUUGUUGGAGCAUGAGGCCAGGAAAUUGGACAGCACGGUUACAAGUACUACAAGUUUGCCGCCUUCGUUGGCGCUUCCUGCUCCGUCUUAUGAUAGAUACUCUCCUAUUCCCUCACCGUUGAAGUAA